CUUAUCUCAGGGAAAGAAAUUGUAUAUAAGGGGUGUUAGAGUAACUGGAGGAGCAUGUCUCUCAUCUGAACUCAUUCAUCAUCAUGAGUGCAUCAACAAGCUUGAAGCUGCGUUUGCCAACCUUUGUGUUGGUCCUGGAGGUUGUAAUGAUCACACUCUAUGGCAUCUUUGUCACCUAUGACGAUAACUCCAGUGCGAAGCUCCAAAACAACGAGACCAACCCGAUGGAGAACUCAAUGUAUAAGGAUUACCCUUACUUUGCUGAUAUUCAGGUGAUGAUCUUCCUGGGCUUCGGUUGCCUGCUGGCCUUCUUUCGCUUCUACGGCUUUGGUGGGAUGGUGUUCAACUUCCUCACAGCCACCUUCGCCAUCCAGUGGGCCAUCCUGAUUCAAGGGUACUUCCAGUUUUACUCUGAUGGUAAAAUCCACUUGGGAGUUAUCAAUCUCAUAAAUGCAGAGUUUGCCUGUGCUGUGGUCCUCAUCUCAUUUGGAGCUGUGCUUGGGAAGACCGGACCUGUUCAGCUCCUGGUCAUGGCUUUGCUGGAGAUUCCUAUCUUUGCCGUCACAGAGUGGGCUGUACUCAAAUAUCUACGGAUCAAUGACGCAGGAGGCAGUAUUCUUAUUCACCUGUUUGCCUGUUACUUUGGGCUGGGGGUAACUUUUGUCCUCUAUCGCCCAAGUUUGAAUAAAGGACACCCCAAAGAGACCACGAGUUAUAACUCAGACAUUCUGUCUGUGAUGGGAACGCUUUUUCUUUGGGUGUUUUGGCCUUCAUUUAACUCUGCUCUCACAUUUAAAGGUGACGACCAGCACAGAGCCGUACUCCACACAUUCUUAGGCCUGAGCUCAUCCACUAUCACCGCCUUCGCCCUCUCUGCGAUGUUCAACAAAAGAGGCAAGCUAACAAUGGCAGAUAUUCAGAACGUGACACUGGCAGGUGGAGUUACCGUUGGGGCUUCUGUGGACAUGAUGAUCUCCCCAGUAGCUGCAUAUGCUCUGGGCAUCAUAGGCUGCACUGCCUGCUUCUUUGGCUACAAAUACCUCACUCCCUUUUUGGCUCAGCGCCUGAGGAUCCAGGACCAGUGUGGCAUUCACAAUCUGCAUGGGCUUACCGGACUCAUAUCAUCCACUGCAGGGAUCUGUGCUAUCCUGAUGGCCACUGAAGACACCUACGGGCCCAGCAUGUAUCAGAUCUUCUCCCAUCGCGCUCCACCAGAGGGAGAUCCAAAGCUGCUGGAGCUGCAAAAGCUGAUUCCCGGGCUGAAGCCAGGUCUGGGCCGCACUGCUCAGGAACAAGCUCUCUUUCAGGUUGCAGCUGUCUUUGCCACUAUCGCUGCAGCUGCAGCUGGUGGGCUGCUCACCGGGCUGGUCAUGAAGCUGCCAUUCAUGGCGUCACCAUCUGAUGAGUACUGCUUUGAUGAUGAGCUUUUCUUCGAUGUGCCUUCAGACUUUGACGGUGGAGAGGUUCUCAAGACUCUCGAAAACUUUGAUGCAACAGAAAAAGCAGAAGCUUUGAAUACCCAAGUCUGAUGUUUCUACCCUCUUUCUUAAAGUCAGGUUUUGAUGCAAAAAGGAUUUUUACAUAGUUUGUUUUCCAUGUAGUUGCACUUAGAUUUGCAACUAUAGAAGCAGAGUUUUGUAAUUAAUUGACUUUUAGUUUGUACAAUGAACAGAUUGGCAUGUUUUUUAUGUUAUGUUUUUAGGUUAGUCUUGGUUCAGUGUUUUUAUUUUUAAUCAUGAUCUGUGUUUUUCUCUGUUUGUAUAAUAUCCCACUAACUUUUUUUACUUACUUGCUUUACUUGUAUACUUAAUGUCAUUUAAUCUGUGACUCUUGUGUUUUGUAUCUUAACAUUCACCCUGAUGUUAUGUCUUGCUAAUUUUGUUUUACAACUAGAAUGUAUUCUAAUAAAUCCACCUUUUGCCCCC